AUUUAUAGAGAUAUUUAUAUAUAUUAAUUUAGAAUAUUGAGUGGUUAGAUCUUCAUGCGAAUGCGCUUUUGAUUCUACGAUUCGCCUGUGACAAUCCCACUACGGUCGAACAAUUCAAUGAUAUUGGCGGUAUCAAACAAAUAUUAAAGUAUAUAGAAGAUACGUUACAUUCGAAAUUUUUUAAACAAGUUCUGGAUAUAGCUGUUUGUUUAUCGCAUACAUCUAGGGGUAGAAAAAUGCUGCACAUGUACGGUAUCAUUGAUUAUUUGUUACACACGUUAUUUGGUAACGUGCAAGAAAUGUACGAAACCAGUUGUCACGGUAUCGGUAUGAUGACUCUAUACAGUCAAGCAGCUAAAGAUUUAACUACAAGCAAUUGCAUGAGAAACAUUCUAGAUGUGCUGAAAAAUGACAAUUUAAACUGGUCUGCUAGACAAGCAGCUUUAUUUGCUUUAAAUCAAUUAAUGAAAUGUGAUAUAAAGAAUUGUGAAGAGUUCUUAACUAUUCAAGGACAGAAUUAUUUGUUGUGGCUGAUGAAACAAACAAUAGGAAAAGUUCCAGUUGAAAUUUUAGUCGAUACUGUAGAUUGCCUUAUUUCAAUAGCAAGGAAUCAAGAAUUGAGAGAUAUUAUUAUUAACACGGAUAUCAUUGAGGCUAUUUAACCUGUACAUCGAUGGACGAUUUCAAAAUCGCCUGCUGUAAAGCUCUAUCCAUGAUGUGUCUAGAGGAGAAGGGAAGACAAGAAUUUCUAAAGAUCGAAGGGCCC